AUGUCUAAUAACGAUAAUUUUGCACAAGACGUUACGGAUAAUCAGCUUAACGGAAAUAUGGAGAAUGGUGGCGGAGACGGUCAACAAGAUAACGGUGGUGACUCCUCGGGACGCGAUGACGACAGAAAACUCUUUGUGGGAGGCUUAAGCUGGGAAACAACAGACAAGGAGUUACGUGAACAUUUCAGUGCAUAUGGAGAGAUCGAAAGCAUUAAUGUCAAGACUGACCCCAACACAGGCAGAUCCAGAGGAUUCGCAUUUAUUGUAUUCAAAGCACCAGACUCAAUCGACAAAGUUAUGGCUGCCGGUGAACACACAAUCAACAACAAAAAAGUAGACCCCAAAAAAGCUAAGGCGAGGCAUGGGAAAAUAUUUGUUGGCGGUUUGAGCACUGAAAUAUCAGAUGAUGAAAUCAAAAAUUUCUUCAGUAAUUUUGGCACAAUCCUCGAAGUCGAGAUGCCCUUUGACAAGACAAAAAAUCAAAGGAAAGGUUUCUGUUUCAUCACAUUCGAGUCGGAGCAAGUGGUGAACGAGCUCCUAAAGACACCGAAACAGACCAUCGCCGGUAAAGAGGUGGACGUGAAGCGAGCGACGCCGAAACCCGACGGCCCCGGGGGCAUGGGCGGGCGCGGGGGUCGCGGAGGGCGGGGCGGUCGAGGCGGGCGCGGAGGGCGCGGCGGGUACGGCGGCCAGGGCGCCUGGGGCGGUCAGGGCUACGGCGGCUACGGCUACGGCCAGGGCGGCUACGGCGGCGGCUAUGAAGGCUACGGAUACGGCUACGAUGGCUACGGGGGCUACGGCGGAUAUGGCGGAUACGAUUACUCCGGCUACCCCAAUUACGACUACGGCGGGUACGGAGGGUACGAGGGCGGGUACGGCGCGCGCGCGGCUCCACGCGGGAAAGCGGGCUACCAGGGCGGCAAGCAGCGCGGCGGAGGCGGCGGCCGCGCCAACCAGAGGCACCAGCCCUACUAG